UUCGUUAUUCAAUUCUAUGUUUUCCACCUUCCGUUUUCUCAUCAUCCAUAGCAAGUCAAAAGUCCAACACUACUGUCAACUGCUCCCUCCCUCUCCCUCAAUCACUAAAGAGAGAGAGAGAGUGCUGCUCCAAAAAUCUCCACAAAUGGGUAUUCAAAUCAGCCGAAUCAACCGCAGCCGUAGCGAUUCCCUCCGCCCGCAGCCACACCCGCCGCCGCCUCGAACCAUCUCAGACCCCACCCCGAAUGCUUCCUCAGCCGCCCCCGACCUCAUCUCCUACGAAGCCGCCUGCCUCUCCGAUCCACAACUCCGGAGCUUCGACUCCUCCGUCCAGCUCCGCACCACCCGCGCCAUCAACUCCAUCGCCCUCUCCCUCGACUCCCGCGCCUUCUCCCUCGAUUCCCUCACCCAGGUCACCGAAUGCCUCCUCGAGACCAACCAGGAAGUCGUCAAAAUCAUCCUCCACAACAAGCGCGACGUCUGGAAAAAUCCCCAACUCUCCGAUCUCGUCGACGAUUACUUCGAAAACAGCCUCCUAACCCUAGAUUUCUGCACCGCGCUCGACGCCUGCCUCAAGCGCGCCGGCCACAUCGAGUCCAUCGUCAAUGUAGCCCUCCGGAAGUUCCAGGAGGAGCACUACGGCGCCUCCGAGGAGAGGAAUUACGCCAGAACUCUCGAGGAAUUGAGCAAUUUCAGAGCGGCGGGCGAUCCAUUCACGGAGGAGUUUUUUAGGGCUUUCAAUUCGAUCCACUCGCGCCAGUCUCAGAUGCUCGAGAGAUUGCACGCCAAGAAGCGGAAGCUCGAUCGUAAGCUGAAGUCGCUCAAGGCGUGGAGACGAGUCUCGAACGUGAUAUUCGUAGCAGCUUUUGCCUCAGUGCUGAUAUGCUCUGUGGUGGCCGCCGCCGUGUCUGCUCCUCCGGUGGUGACUGCUCUAGCGGCUGCGGCCGCCGUGCCCCUGGGCUCGAUGGGGAAAUGGCUGAACUCGUUGUGGAAGAACUACGAGAGGGAUUUGAGGGGACAGACAGAGAUACUCACCUCAAUGCAGAUUGGUAGCUACAUAGCGCUGAAUGAUUUGGAUAGUAUAAAGAGGCUGGUGCAGAAGUUUCAGAUAGUGAUCGAGUCGUUGCUGGCGAAUGCUGAGUUUGCGAUGAGAGGGGACGAGGCGGUGGUGGUGGCGGUGGAUGAGAUCAGGCAGGAGGUGGAUAGCUUCAUCAAGACUAUACAGGAGCUCCGAGACAGAGCCAACAAGUGCACGCAAGAGACGAGGAUGGCCCGGACUUUGAUACUGCGGAAGAUCAUGAAUCAUCCCUCGGGUUCCAGUCAAGAUAUUGUCUUUUGAAUUCCUCAAGAUCAACUGAGCUAUGUAGUGUUGGAAAGUUGCAAACAAGAGAGUGGCAUUUGGCAGCAAGCAUGAUGAGAUUGUUGGAAAGUUGAUCAACAAGAGAGAUGGUGAUCUAUCUCUCUACUCAAGUUUUCUUUGAUAGUUUGCUCAAAUUGUGUUAAAACGAGUAUCAUUGAUUUAUUAUCAAAGCAUCUCCCAAUAUGAGAAUUGGUCUUUGACUCUUUGUAGUCUCUGCUUGAGCUAAGUGUGUAUCUAUGAUAUAGGAAAUAGAAGAUGAAAUACACAUUUGGUUGUUAUAGAUUGCAUUGCUUCUGAUCACUUCUCAAAAGACUAAUUUAGGAAAUGGAAAAGGCAGUGACUACUUAUGAUAAGAGUGAAAGAGGAAAGCUAUAAUCUUUUUAGAUGAGAAAUGAUGCAGUCAGACUCAGACAUGCAGUAUUUGCUAAAUGAGAAUGCUACUAGUUUCUGGUUGGACAAGAAAAGGUGAAAGAAGGAAAUCAGAAAAGAAUUGAGUGAGAAAAUGUUGCACUGCCUAGGUUGGUAUUGAUUGUAGAUUGCAGGGAUUUAUUACAUUUCCUUGGAGAGAUAGAUCAAGAAAAUGUGGUUGCUUGUAAUUGGCAUGAUGCUAUUGCUAGUAGUAGUAGUAAAAGAUAGUAUCUAACUCUGCUUGCUACUUCAUGGAUCAUCUAACUUUGAUCUUCUCUGCUCUUCACAUGUUUCAAAAAAAAAAAUUAAAAAGGAAGUUACAUUUUUUUUGCAGCUA